UUCAAUGAGCGCCACUAAUCUGGAGAUUCCUUGACCUGGAGAUAAUUUCUUGACCAAAACCCUGCGAUUGUUUACAUUUGUGACGCUACUUCAUCUAUUGGGAGUUGAUGUCAUGCCAGGAGAGUCAUGGACUACAACUACAUGAACCAGCCAGGCAACCCAAGCCAGCACCAGCACCCAGUCACUGAGUACAUGCACCCUACCACAGCACACUCACAGCAUGGCGUAUACCAGCAAUCCAUACCACUGCACCAGCCAUCCCAGAUACCCUACACCGCAGGUAUGCUGCCCCCUGAGUUCAGGGUCGGGAUUGGCAGUGGGCAUGCACCCGUUGAUUCGUCACAACUUGGGGAGGUGGCCAGGAAUGAAAACGUUGUUACCAUGGUGACUGUAUCAGAUCAGGACGUUCAUACAACACUUCUCCAGAUGCAGAAUGAUUUAGCACGCAAUCACCCUGUAAGGUACACAACACCAACCAAUGCUGGGCAUAUUCAAACAUCAGGGGCACGACCAGGCAGUCACCAAACACCACUAACAACGAGCAUGGUGCAUAUCAGACCCAGGCAGGAUACAACUGCGCCAAGCACCGUCACCCAUCAACCACACAUGGUACCAGCAGGAGAGCAAUCAGGACCACUACAAACUAGCUCAGCACCUAGCCUUGCACCAUCUGAACAAGCAGAGGCACCGGUAGAAGCUGCUGAUACCACCAGUGAACCGGAGGAAGCCCCUCUGGGUGGCCCUCUACCAGAAGGGCUGGCAUACAGGAAGCUCGGGCAGAAAACUGUCUGCGUGGUUGCAGAUCGGACACUCCCUGCAGGGGUGCGCUUUGGUCCUUUCAAGGGAGCAUUUGGCAAGGGCCCUAUUCACUUCAAUAACGUCUUGUCUUGGGAGCUGACUCUAGAGGGCAGGGUAGUUGGUUUCCUGAGCCCCGUGAAGGGUGAGAAAGCCUGGACCACCAUGGUAAGAUCUGCACAGCAUCUGAGUGAACUGACUGCCGAGGCUGACCAGUACAACGGCCGUAUCUACUUCACUACCAUCAAGGAGAUUCAACCUGGUCAAGAGUUCAAAGUGUUCUACAGUGAGGAGUACAGGGAGGGCUGUGGCUUCAAGAGUGGUCUGGACAAUCUCAAGUAUAACCCAGAAUCCAAAGGUUUUGAGUGCAGCUUCUGCCCAUGCCAUUGCAGCAACUCCAAGAGUCUCCUGCGUCACAUCAAGCUAUUCCACCACAAAGAGAAGCGAUCCGACAUUGAUGUAGAGAUACAACAGAUCAGAGAUGACAAAGAGCCUUCUCAAGAGAGAGAUGAAAGAGUUACUUCAGUCUAUGAGGGAGAGGGAGAUGCCAGAGAAGUCUCUGAGGGUGGAAGAUUCACCUGCGGCACUUGUGGAAAGCAGUUCCAGAGCCAAGGACCUCUGAUCAUGCAUGAGAAGUUCCACCAGAAUCUGGCCCUCGGAGAAGAUGCAGGAGAAGAGGAGGACGAUGACCAAUCGGAUUACUUCCCUUGCCAGAAUUGCGGCUUCGUUUGCCCCAACAAGUCGUCCCUAGCGAAUCACAUACUGGGUCACAAGAAAGCACCCUUUGGAUGUAAUGAAUGUGGGCAGGUCUGCAAUUCGCGGAAGGCUUUGACCGGGCACAAGAAGGCGGAGCAUGCAGUGGACUCGAAAGGUGCUGGUGGUGAAAAACGGUUGAAGAUUAAGUUGCGGGUACGGAGGCACGCUUCUGGUAAGAAUUUUUGCAAGACUUGUGGCUACUCCUGUGCAGGUCCGAAGGAGUUUCAGAGCCAUAUGAAAGGACACAAGCUGUAUCCCUUUGGGUGCCCUGAGUGUGGAUGUCUUUAUGAACAAAAGAACGCUCUUUUGCUUCAUCUUAAGGAACGGCACAGUACCUCCAAUGGAAAAGGACAACCCGGUCAGACAAAAAGUGACAAACACAAGUGCACCAAGUGUGGGUUUAAUUGCUCUGACGAAAACUCUCUCAAAACACAUGUCAAGAAUCACGAUAAAGCUCCAUAUGGAUGUGAUGUGUGUGGGCUGAUGUACACACAGAAACAAUUUGUAAUGCGACAUAAACGUGUGAAACAUGGUGCUGCCUCCCCCGACAAGCCAAGCGCCCUCAACUCUACGCUUUCCCCUUGGACGUGUACAGAUUGUAACAAGACUUACGUCAAUGAGAAGAGCUUGACGAGACACCAGAAGGAGAAACAUGGGAAAGUGUUUGAAGCUCAGUACCAGCUCAGUGGUGCCAAAGGACAAGGGCCUGGUGAUUUUGAAUGUGAUCUUUGUGUACAGAGUUUCACAACACCAACAGCCUUUAAUGCACAUCUUCAAGAAGUACAUGGCAUUGAACCACAUCCCAGUGACUUGAAGAAGGGAGGAACCAAAAGAAAGGUUGCUGUUCUUCCAACAGGAACCAAUGUGGCAUCAAAGGAUGCACAGAGCAACGUUCUAGGGUCGACUCGAUGCUAUAUCUGCGGUAAGACAUUCAUCAGAUACAGCUUCUUGCAUGAUCAUCUGAGGCAGCAUCAUGGUAUUGAGCCAUUGACAAGAGGAGGUACCCAGAUACAGGAGACAUCGCAGGUAAGCCAGAUUGAACAGAAUGGAACCAACCCAGCAGAGGACCAGGACAAGGUCGAACAGAUCGACAUGCUCGGGAAACCCAUGGACUAUUACAAUCGUCCCCGCCCUUUCAAGUGCAAGCUUUGUCCUCGAAGGUUCGUCUAUCGCCACGUUCUCAAGCGCCACGAGUACAAGGUCCACCUCGGCGGCAGCAAAUUCACCUGCAGCUUCUGUCAGAAAGGCUUUGACAUGGAAAGCCAGCUGUUGGUUCAUGUCCAGAAGCAUACCAAGAACCGACCUUUCAAGUGCGCCCUUUGCACCCGAUCCUUUGCCUCUGAAAGCGCACUUGAUAACCACCAGAAGGAACACACCGGUGAGAAACCUCACAAGUGUGAUGUCUGCGAGCGUGGGUUUGGCACACGUAAGCUCAUGAACAAACACAAGUCACGUGUCCACAGCAACAGGGAGAAGAAGUUCAUCUGCUCCUUCUGUGGCAAGAAGUUUCUGGCCGGUAAAGAUCACAAGGUUCAUGAGAGGCGGCACAAGGGUAUCCGACCCUUUGUGUGUCUGUCCUGUGGGAAGGCUUUUAAGGACAAACACGCUAGAGAUGUUCAUAUGCGUAUCCAUACUGGUGAGAAGCCGUACGUUUGUCGACAAUGCGGCAAAGCAUUUCCCCUACCUCACAGACUCACCGAUCAUAUCGUCAUGCACACGAAGGAGAAUAUGGAACAGGCAGCAGCAAUCUCGGCCAUUGCAACCAACACACAAACAUGAAACAAAGCCAUCUGCAUGAUUUAAGACUUGAACCACAAA